CCUACGGAUGGCUGACCAAGCAGUGGACGAUACAACCACCACACACGAGAGAGACAGUAAACGAACGAACGAGCGAGCGAGCAACGGACGCGAGUUGAUUUGUUGCUAUUCUUGGAGAUUGUGUUAAGUGGCGGUUGUGUGUUGUGAUUGAAGCCGUAGUUAUUGUGACUGUGGGCGAUCUGCAUCGCUUACCGUGUUCGCCGCGUAAUGACGCCGCCAAGCUUUUCGUCUUCUUUAGAUGUGGAAGUAGCGUGGAGGAAUUUAAGUGGAUAAUUCAAACAGGUGUAUGGCAAAGAUUUUGAUAUUCCUCGGUUAAUUUUCAUUUGGAAUUUCAUAUCAGAAUUGCAAUGUGAAAGCUGCUAAAUCUUCUUUGCCUUUAAUGGAAGCGAAUGAUUCGGAAGAAAAACACAUUUUUGAUAAGUUAAUAAUCAGCGUGAUGCUUUCAAUAAUACCAAUUAAACGCUCAUUCAACACUUUUAAUGUCAGGCAAUACAACUCGUUUCUGUACUGUAGUUUUAUUCAUUUGCACUAACAUCAUCACGAUCACCUUGAUUAAUAUACAGUUUGAAUUUGAAAAACAGUCUUCAUUCAUAUGAGUAUAAUGAAUCUCUUGAUGAGUUUCUUGGCUUAACUUUUACCAGGUAUACCUCAAGUGACUAUUCAUCUAGGGAUGACAAACUCUACUACACGUGUCAUAAAACCGUGGAUAAAUGAUUGCCGGAGUGAGUCGUAAAACAAGCACGACGUACCGUGCCUUCUGUUCUUUAACAACAAGUAAUAACAAUCGGACAUUCCCGCCAAUCGACUUACUGCGAAUAGAUUUCAUCGCACGAGUUGAUAGAGGAGAGAUCACGUUGGAUUUAUGGGCAUUGGCUUAAGUAAGAAAUUCACUUCUAAAUUGCAAUUCCUAUGAAUGUUGGAUGAUAUGGGGAUCUCUCUCACGUCGCUUCUCAUAUGCCAUAUGGUCACUAAGGCAACGUCUCUCUAGUGCAUUUAUUCGCAUCUUGCAGUACGGCGGACAAAAUGCUAAACGUGUGAACCGUUCAUGCUCUGUGGAUUCAUGGCUCGCAUUGGUUUUUAUGGAGUAAAGUUUUUUUCGAAUUGAUCAUAUCGGUACACGUGUUGCUUCAUUGUGAAGAGACAUCAUACCCGGUGACCCGUCUGUCCGUAUGGAUUCGUCUGGUAAAGACAGGGACGGUGGAUCUGAAUGAAUGUUAUGUUCGCUUUUCAUCAAUUAUGCAAAUGUCUGCUCCACCGAGGCGAACAGAGCGAAGCACAAUGUUGACAUCCUGUGGAUAUCCUUUGUACGAUGGUUUAUCCAACCACUGUAAUCUGUAUCACGUUUUUUCGUACAUCCAUCUCUGAUGUUACAAAAAUGGAUAAGUGUAUGGUAGCAACUCUAUGACAGGAAACUCUCCUGACGCAGGAUAAGUCAAGAAUUUUGGAGUGUAAGAUACUAGCAAGAUGCUGCAUCAGAAAGUGUUUAACUAUUCCUUUCAGGAAAAGCUCUAUUCAUUAGGGUUCUACCUCCUUUUACCAUGGACCUGGAACUUAAAUCAACUGAUGGCCCUAUUUUUGAGGACCACUGACGAGCUCCAGGAUGGUGAUGCCAUGCCAUGCUACGAGCGAGUCAUCACUCUAAUCUUUCUUGUGCCAAUCAUGAUAGCAAUCAUAAUAAUUUCCUGCCCCUUUGCAGGGCUUGGGUUUGCCUUAAGGGUCAUUAUGGCCAGGUUCCGUCGGCCUUAUCGUUUCUCCUUCAAAAGCAACCCUUACCUGAUUAACGUCAACAAUCGAAUCUGGACUGACUUAUCUGAAAAGAGGAAUUUUAAGUUCGCCUUUGUUGACUCAUGUCUCAUGCCUGAGGCCAUGGCAAGGAUGAACAAUCUUGGCCAGGUGCAGUACAGGGCAAAACAGAUGGCCACGCAUAUUGUCAACUCACAACUGCGACCCAAUCCCAAAAUAUUUAUUCACUCACCUUCAGAUGGUGAGCUCAAACAAUCAUGCAUCUAUCAUUCACCAAGUACCUCCGUUUUAAUGACGCCUCAGAACAUAAGCCACCUUGCAGGAGAUGAGGACAAUGUUUUGAAAUUUGACAUGAACAGACAAUAUUCUUCAAGAGGUAGUGUCUCAAAAGACGAUACUCUUCCUAUGAGGGACAAGGACCGACGUCGCCAACGUAGGGAUAGGAGUCCAGAUCCCCAACGAUCCCCACGAAUGUCAAGGACUAAUGCAGGAAGCAGUAAACAAUCACCAAAGCCACCUCGAAGCCAGGUGAGGAAACAGCGAGAACUUCCACCACAACCUGGUGGAUCAGCCGAUGUAGACAUUCCUGAUAUUGUGCCAAGUCGUGGUGGUCCUAUCUCCUCACCAUCAUCACCAGAUUCUGUAGGUUCUACAUCUACAGUGAGACUCCAGACAUCACAGAGUCAGUACGCUUCUUCCGUAGGACCUUCCACACCUGGUAACACCAUUCCUAGAACGACCAUCACCCACUGUCCCAUGUCCUUCUGCAGUCAGAGUAGCAUUCGUGAACGUCUUGGACCAUGCGAACAUGGCAUUAGUUCAAACUUCCCUGCCCAUCUUGAUUUCAUCUGCUUUCAAGAGGUCUUCGAGCAAAGAGCAGCAGAUCGCUUGAUUAAAAUUCUUCACAAUUACUUUAGCUAUAUACUGUACGAUGUAGGAGUCAAUUCUUGGAGUGUAAACCGUUUUCUGCUCAACAGUGGCCUGGUGUUUGGGAGCAGGUACCCCAUAGUGGAUGUAGUAUUUGAAUAUUUUAAGGAGAGUCAAAAAGAGGACAGAUUUGUUUCCAAGGGAGUUCUUAUGGUCAAGGUAAGCUCUUAAAUCCUUACCUUAGUUUUGUUUUGACAUUUUGGAAUGAAUAUACUCGUGAAUAUGCAUGCUAUUAUAUUCUGUUUCUAGUUGACUGAUAAACCGGUUAAAAACACACAUAAGUAAUAGUAUUUCAUAACCGAUUGAUUUGAUUGCUUUUGGAGCAAAUCUACCAUCAAGAAUACUUUUUAGUAUAACCAGAGUGCUUGCUUGCUAUUAAUAAUCACUACCUCUUCAAUACUAAAAAUUUAAAUAUUUUGCUUAGUGAGCAUCGUCGGACGCCACCACAAUGAUUAACUCUGCCGAACACAAGAGGUAUGACGAGAAAGCUUGUCGAACGUCAGUGACCUACGUUAUACCAUCGGGCUACAUCAUAAUUAUUUUGAAUUCUCUGAAAGUUCCCAAGUUAGAGUGAUUCGUUUUUGAAACCCUCCCAAUGGCAGGUUCUCCUUCCGCCACCAUGGCGUCCCUUCACUUUUCUGCAAAGCAGGUGCUGCAUGUUUAGAUCUUCCCGUCUAUUUGAGUGCUUCUCUGUACAAUGACCUGAAUGGCAUGGCGUGAAAUUUAAUCCAGUAUUACUAUUUUCACUGGAAUUAGAGAUGUUGAAAUUGACAAGAAACAUGACUAUAUAAGAAUGAUUAGUAUAGCACGCCAGCUCUUGCUAUGAGAUAAAUCUGUAUCUAAACAAUGUAAUUACAAGAAAUAAGAAGUUGCCUUUCUUUUCAACAUGAUUUAGCAUUACUAAGCUUGUCAUAAACAGUUUCUGUCUAUUCUACACCAAACUAUCCUUUAUCAAAUUGAAUCAGUAAUCAAACACAUUUAUAAUCUGAUUAGACCUUUACUACAAAAGAAUAUCACAUUGCCGAACUUUUCUCAUUAUAUAUAGAAACAAUUCUCGCCCCCUAGUGGAAAAACAUCCAUUUCGGUGACACAAUUGGAGUUUUGUGAAUUGAUAUGCAUUUUGCUUAAAUUUCCGUGAUAAAUCAUUUAUUUUGAUUUACGUAAAUUUGUAAGUAAAUUUUGGGGAGUGACUCUAACCAUGUGU